CUGAAAUAAAAUAAAUAGUGAACAGCAACAGCUGUCGUGAGUAAGUUUUUGAAAUCUAAUUUUAUUAAAUGUAUGCAAUUAGAACGUUCUUUUACAUUGUAUAAUCGAAAUUAAUAAUUGAUUUGUAAAAAAAAAAAGAAAAUAACAUAGAACAUACUGUUUGCUCGACUGUUUGUUGGAUUUAUUGCUUGCUCAACGUCAAGUGGAAAAUAUUUCAUGCAUAUUCAGGACAAAAAUAAAUAAAAUUGAACAGAAACUGCCUGCCUCUGGAAAGUGAAGGUGUGUUAAUGGAGGAGGGACAUACAUUUUGCUAUGAAGCAUACGACCUACAAACCACGGAGAGAAAACAUGAUAAAAAGAUGGCGACGAAUGAAAAUGGCAGUGGCACCGUGCCUCUGUUUUCUCCAAUUUUGACGCAGAUUCUUUCAUCAGCAGAAAUAGCUUCUUCUAAGCUGAAGAAAAUUCUUAAUGAUGAAUCAGUGAAAGAAGUGAAAGUCAGUAAAGAUGGAGAGAUUGAAAAGGUUAGGAAGUUAUUACAUCUAUUUGUUCAGAGCAAGGAUGAUAAUAAAUGGAAUACACUUAAUGAGGUUUUGGAAAAUAUAGGUUUUGUAUUUUUGCCAAAGGUGUUAGAAAAAGAACACAGUUUUACAGUACAGGAACAAAUGAAGAUGAUAGUAAAUGGUCUUUGUAAUGUUGACAUAAAGACUAAACCAUUAUCUCAAAUUUCUAAAAAUCAUGGUUUAUUAACUGAGGCAGAUGUACAAGACAUAGAAACAGAAUGUUUAAAUCAAGAGGAGAAGGCAGCAUUGAUAGUAUUGAUUGACAGGAUUGUAACUCCGCCUCCCGAUGAGUGGUAUGAUGAGUUCCUUACAUGUUUAUGUGAAGCAGGGCAUCAAGAGGCUGUCAAGAGAAUGAAGCAAGAAUCAAAACCUCAAGAUGACUGUGGGGCUGCUGGGGAAACAAAACCAGAAGGUUAUUCAGUUGAUGAUCAUUGGAGAAAACUUGUCAUGGAAUUAUUUUACAAUUAUUUGAUAAGUUCUGUUAAAGCCUCAGAAAUUCUCAUUAACCUGUCAGCUGUAUUUAGCUUACAUGAAAAAAGGAGUAUAAGACAGACAGAGAGAAAUAAGACUUCAGAAGAAGCUAUGAAAUUACUCCUGGAUAAAUUUGAUGAGAAAGAAUCUCCUGGGAAGUGGACAGAUUUAAGAUCUGCUCUUGUUGAAGCAGAUUAUGAAUGGAUAAUAAGAGCAAUUGAAGGUGAUGAUGUAAAUUUUACUGAACUUACAACAUGGCAGAAUAUGAUUAAUAUUUUUACCAAAAAGUUAGCCAGUAAAAUAAUUCCAAGCCAAAUUAUACAUGACUUGUGUUAUGAGAAGAUAAUAAGUAAAGAGGAAUCCGAAGAAAUAAAAAAAGAAGAGCAAAAUAAAGGUGACAUAAGUGCAGCAUUCCUUUUGUUAACCAGCAUUCCUCGAAAACAUCCACAGUGGUAUCCUAAAUUCAUGGAGAUUCUCUUUUUAAAUGGAUGGGAUGAAACUGUAGGAGAGGUUGAUUCAGAUGAAUGGAAACGAUUGAACCACAAGCAUGAGCAAAAGAUGUCGGACAAUGCUAAGUAUUAUGCUGAUCAAAGUAUAUGUAUUAACAUGGAGAAAGGAAACUUGGAGAAAACACUGCCAUCUAAAUUCCCACAGUCAGAUAUUCAAGAAAACUAUAAGUCUUAUACAGAAAAGCCAGUAAUAUCCAAUAACAACCUGAGUUCAAAUGACAGGCUUGAACAAGAUGAUGGACUCUAUUUACACAGGUCUACAAUGAUGGAAUUGUCUAUUGAUGAUAAUAACCCUUUGAAUGAUGAACAUGAUGAAAUUACCAGAGAAAAACAAUUAGCAAGGACCUCUCAGAUACAACUGCCAGCUCCUGCAAGGAGAGGUCAAAUAAGUCAGAACCUUCCUUCAGUACCAGAGACAUCUGUUAAUGAACCCCAGCCAACAGAUGAGGAAUAUGUUCAACCAGACUCAAUCAUGCUACAGGAAGUGAAAAAGAACCUUGAAAUGGAAGUUAGUGGUGAACCAGAGCAAAAUAUUCCAAUAAAUGUAUUUGAAGACAUGAAAAUUGAAGACUAUGAUUCUGAGGAUGAUGGACUAAGUCAACCACCAGAACAAUUAACCUUGAGGAGUUAUCAAAAAGAGCUGGCAGCACCAGGAUUACAGGGCAAAAAUUGUAUAAUUGUGGCACCUACUGGGAGUGGCAAAACACAUGUGGCCCUCAAAAUCAUGCAGGAGCAUAUGAAUCAAGUGAGAGCAAGACGUCACCCAAAGGUGAUUUUUUUGGUUGAACAAGGAGCACUAGCACAGCAACAAGCAAAGAUGUGCAUCAAGUACUUACCUUGUAAGGUGAAACUGAUCACUGGAGAAACACAGAGGAAUGAAAGACAAAAAAGUUUCUCAGAAUGGCUUGCAAAGCGUGACAUCUUGGUAGUAACAGCACAACUUCUGGUGAAUGCAUUGAUAGAACAAGAUGUAACAAUUGAUGACUUUACCUUGAUGGUGUUUGAUGAAUGUCACCAUGCCCAUGCUAACCAUUCCUAUAAUCGAAUCAUGCAGGCUUAUAUGGAUCAGAAAAUAAAACAUGAAGCAGAAAGGAACAAACUACCAAUGAUUGUAGGUUUAACAGCUUCAGUAGGAGUAGGGAGGGCCAAAACAACCGAAGGAGCAAUUGACUGGAUCAAAACAAUGAUGGCUAAUAUGGAUGCUGAAGAACUGGCUACUGUCAGAGUUAACAUUGAUGAGUUGUCUGAGCAUGUUAUUGUUCCAGAACAAGUGAUAAAGCGCACUGCUCGUAGAACAAAGAACUAUUUUGGAGAAGCAGUAGGAAAGAUCAUGGAAGUUACAGAACGAUAUAUGAAGCAAUCUAUAUAUGCUGAUGGUCUGGGUGCAGAUAAAGAUAAGAUUUUAAAGGCUCCACCAGUCAAAGGUUCUGACCAAUACACUCAGUGGAUUAGUAAUUUGUGGAGACAAACAGCUAAAGUCUUCAAUCAGGAGGCUAGAAGAUUCUUCACAACUUGUAGAACCUAUCUAGAUCUGUACAACAGGGCCUUGAUUAUAUAUGAAGAUGCACGAGUAAAGGAUGCUUUAGAUUUUCUAGAGGAAAAUGUUAGAAAAGUCAAUGAGAAUAUAAUUCCUGAUGAAACAGAUAACAAAAUGAAUACACUUUAUAAAAAGAGCAAGGUAUUAAUGGACCACUGUGUUAAUGAUGUUAACCACCAAAAUCCAAAACUAGAAACUUUAAGAAAGAUGAUAGGAAAAACAUACAAAGAAAAUAUGGAUUCCAGGGGAAUAAUCUUUGUUAAAACAAGAGAUCUGGUAAUAGCUAUACAAAACUGGAUGAAGGAAACAGAUGGACUGAGAGCUUUAAAUCCUGUUAAGUUUGUUGGUGCUCAGGCUAGUGGAGAAAAAGGAGGUAUGACCAAGAAUGAUCAAGACAAUAUAUUGCAGUAUUUCAAAGAAGGGAAACAUAAAUUAAUUAUAGCCACAUCUGUAGCAGAAGAAGGGUUAGAUAUACAGAAAUGUAACCUUGUCAUCAGAUAUGACCAUGUGACAAAUGAAAUAGCCAUGGUGCAAGCUAGAGGGAGAGGGAGGGCUGAAGGAAGUAAGUAUUACGUAGUUGCCAGUGAAGAAAAGAUGACAGCAGAAAAAGAAGAAUUGAACAUGAUGAGGGAAGCUAGAAUGAAUCAGGCAAUAAUUCAUCUACAAAACUUUAUACGUGAUCACAGACAGACAUUUAUACAAGAAAUAGAAGAUUUACAGUUGGAGGCCAAUAUACAAAGAGAGCUAGAAAAUACAAACAAAGGAGGAAGAAUCAUUGGUGAUUUUGAGUUUGAAAUGAGAUGUGGAAAGUGUAAUGAAUUCAUCUGUAUGUCAAGAGACAUAAAGAAGAUUCAGGCUGCUCAUCAUGCUGUGAUUGGAGAAGAAAUAGCAAAUCAUAUAAAUACAGUCAGGAUGCCGAAACCUACUUUUGAAGAUGACAAUAUAAAAAUGGGUUGUGGUAAGGUCAAUUGUAAGAAAUGUGGAAAAAAUCUUGGAAAUAUUGUUAUUUAUAGAAAAGCACAAUUCCCAGUUCUGAAAAUUGAAAACUUCCUUGUAUCCGAUAGCCAUGGUAACACAGAUGUGUACAAAAAAUGGAAAAAUUCCCCUUUUGUACCUCUAGAAUUGUCAUCACAAAAUUUAUUGGAUAGAGCUAGGGGAGCACAGUAUAUUUUUGAAAGUUGAACAAAAGAUAAAUAUAUGUUAUCUUUCAUGGGUUGCUUUUCAACCUGCCAUCUUCAAGUCAUGUUAAUGUUUAUGAGCCCUUGAUGUGCUUGAGCUUUUGAUUUUGCCAUUUGAUAAUGGACUUUCCGUUUUGAAUUUUCCUUGGAGUUCGGUAUUUUUGUUAUUUUACUUUUUAGGAAAUUUUCAAAGUGUAAUAAUAUCAAAACAGCAAAAAUACUGAAUAAAAGAGACAUACCAUUUUGUACAUAUAUCAAAGGGAAAUGCCGUUCACAGAAAUUAUUUUUAGUGUGUAAUUGCAUUUAGAAGAAAAUGUGGAUUUUGAGUCAACUCAAGCCAAAACUUUUGCAGAAAUCCACAAACUUUAUUACAGAGACUUUGAAACCUAGAUUACUCACCUAAGUUUAUCCAUGGUGUGCCAGGGUUUAUUGUUUGCAAAUAGUCCUACACAACCUUUACAAUCUAAAAAACCUUGUGCUGAGUCAUUAAAGUCUAGUGCACCUAGAAGGUGAACUUGAAUUGGUUCAUAUUUGUACUUCUUUUAAAAAAUAUCAUUAUUUCAAAACUUGUUUAUGGGAAUUCAAAGCUAGCACUGCAUGCAUUAAUCCCCUUUCUAUUUAGUACAUUUAGGUGUCAAAUAUAAGAGUACAAGGGGAAAGGCUGUGUUUUUUUUUUAUUUUAUAAAAUUUCCAUAUGUUUAGCAUUGAAACAACUAAAGGGGUACAUAAUCCUUAGAUGCAAAUAUAGGAGAACUGCUUGAAAGUUAAUACAAUAGUUCUUUAAUAUAAUAUUAUUAUUCUUGGUCCAGAUUUUCUUGCCAAUCUACAAAAAAAUUAAGUUGAAUCAAUAAAAUGGACUAAGGCAUGCCAGAAGAUUGUUUUUAGUUCACCUUGCCAAAAGGUCCAAGUGAGCUUUUCUCAUCACUUGGCAUCCUUGGUCCGUCAUGGGUUUGUGUGGUUAACAUGGGUUUUUGUUAGAAUUUUUUUUUUUUUUGUUAUGUUGUAAACUGACAUUUUAACUUAAUUUCCUAUGAAGUAAUUUUUAAAUUACCCCAGGUAUAAAUGUAAUAAUAAUAUAUACAUAAUAUAGCAAAUUUUAUAUUUAUUAUUUGACUACAUCAAAAGACAUGUAAAUAAGAUGUAUAUUUUAAUUACAUGUAACAUACAGUCUUUCAUAAAUGUUAAUUAUAUGUUAGUCCAGUAGGACACUGCAUCAAAGAUGUGGAAGCUUUAUAGUAUUAUCUAUUUGACCAUUGGACAUAUUAUACUUAGUUUACACUCUUUGUAGUGGAUUGAGUAAUAAGCUAAUUUAUAUAUUGUCUCAAAUUUGUGUAGUUGUGUUAAUUUGUUGUCUGUCACUGUCGUUCUGUGGACACAAUAAUAACUUUAAAAGUUAUAAUAGAAAAACAAAGAUAUGGUGUGGUCAAGACGAAGUUAGCAUAUAUGUUUAAGAGAGUUAUCUCUUCUCAACCAUUCAUUGGGUAUUGAGUAUUGCAGAAUACAGUCCAUAGGUAGUUAUAUUAUUUAUGCCAAAGCAAAGCAUAGAAUAAUUGAUAACGAUCAAAAUUUUCAUUUGGAUCUGAUUCUUAUUUUAAAUGCAUUUACAUCAGCAUUAUGCAUGUCUGACAAUAUAAAAUUCCUACUUUUGAUAUAUCGGUACAUCCUUUAUUUUUUGUUAAAAAAAAAUCUGUAUAAAAAUACCUAUCUUAUAUUUAUUAACUUGUAUUAUAAUGCUAGUUGAGUAGAGAUAACUCUUUUAAACAUAUAUGCUAAUUUCAUCUUGACCAUACCAAACUGACAUAUAAAAUUAUCUGGUAUAAGGCUCCGGCUGUUAUUGUAUACAAGCAAGAGACCAAUGUGCUAAAAAUAACAUUUAAACAUGGAACACAGAUUUUUUUUUAAAUUUCUGUAAGUUAAAUGGGAUUUUUAUUCUCAUUUUAUUCUUUGAAAAGAAAUAUAAGUAUGAAAUAUGUUGAUUGUGUAAGACCAAAUAAAAAGAAUUGGUGGGUUACCGUGUCUUUUUUUUAUGAAGAUAUACAAAAUCAAAUGGUUUUUUGUGUUAAAUGAUUUAAAGGUUUUAUAUCUGCAAAAUUUGAACUGUAAGGUCUUCUGAAUAUUUAUCAAGUUUUUUUUGUUCUAACAAACACAAUGCUGCUAUGUUUUAAAGAAUUAGAUUUGCUUAAUUUUGAUAUAUAUAUUCGUGAGAAAGAAAUAUUUAGUGCAUAUAAAAACUAUGUGAAAAAUAUAGAUGAUGUUCCUUUAAACAAUGCCAUUUAAAAUUAUCCAAUUUGUCCUUGUAUGUGUUCAAUACUUCCAGAUGAUAAUAACAAUAAAAUCUACAAAAGUAAAUUUAUGAAAAUACCUGAAAAUUUGGUUUAUAUAGCAUCAAAUUUACAUUCAUUGUGAAAACAUUCAUUAAUAUGUAUCAGUUUUUAGCUCACCUUGGCUUCCGUCAUCUGUUAAUUUUUACAAAAAUCUUCUCCUCUGAAACUACUGUGCCAAAUUUUACCAAACUUAGCCACAAACUUAAUUGGGGUAUUCAGUUUAAAAAAUGAGUCUGAUGACCCUGCCUUUCAACCAAGAUGGCUGACAUGGCUAAAAAUAGAACAUAGGGAUAAAAUGCAAGAUUGUCUAUUAUCUUGAAAACCACAAUGCACAGCUGUGCUCGGCGAAGCAGUUUAUUUUAAAUUGAAAUUUCAUGAUUUUUUUUUCUUUGAAAAUGCCUGAUUAGAUUUACCAAUCAAAUUUGUGGAACUGUACAUCUGACACUUUUAUCAAAGGGGCCAAAGAGGCAGAAACUACACUUUUACAUGGUUCAUGGGAUUAGGAUUCUUAUAUAUUCCUCAAAAUGUAGAAAGAUUCUUCAAGUUCCUCCCGACUUAAACUUUUUGAAUAUUUUUGUACAUGUGCAGUUAGCGUUUUUUACAAUGAAAAUAUAAUUAAUAUCAACAGGUCACAUACAUAUGUGUUCUUUAACUGAUUUUACAUAAUUUCUGUAAAUAAAUCGUAAAUAAAAAAGCAAUGACUAUAUUUUAAUAUGUACAAAUAAAAUACUGACAAUCAGCUAUCAUAUUUGUAUGUCUGUGCUGAUUGCCUAAGAAUGUAACGGGAAGGAGAAGAACACUUAAAAUAUCUAAUUGAGAAUUUUUAACCAACUUCUUAACAUUAAGCAUGAAAAAAAUAUUCAAUAAGUUAUUUCAAAGAUACCUUUUAAAAGGUGUAUAAAAGUUGUUUUUUUAUAUGUUAAUUCAUUUCCAUGUGAAAUAAUUAUAAAUAAAAACAUAAUGAAAGUAAUGGUUAUUUGAAGACAAUUAGCUUUUUUUUUGUUGUGAAAUGGUCUAAUUUACUUUUUGUUUUGAUAACAUGACUCUGUGGUAUUUCAUAGUUUUUGUGAAUUUAUGGCUUUCUCAAAUAUUGACCACAUUUAUAUAAUCAAUAGCUGUAUAGUUAAAAGACUAUUCAGUAUUGCUGGAGAAGAUCUGCCUAUAAACAAUCAAUCAUAAAAAGAAAUGAUGGCUGAUCAAGAUGUAGACGCAGAUAUCUCAUUCACUUAUUUAUCUAAUUUGCUUACUGGAAUCAACAUUUCAUGCUGUUAUGUUGUAUCAUUUGCUAUCAUAAGUUGAUUUACUUAUUGACAAAACGGUGAAAUUGUUAUUCAAUUAAUUGAACCUUGUUUACAGUGUAUUAUGUUAUAAAAUGACUUGUUUUGAUAAGUUGGGCAUUUUAUACUGUAUACUACAAGCACCAAUUCAAGAAUUGAAGUAUAUGAUGAACUAGAAAAUUUUUCAUAACAUUUGUAAUGCAGUUUCAUAUCGCAUAGCAAACAAAAGAAUUAUGACAGUGCCAUAUAUUUUUUUUUAUAAUUCUUUGGAACAUUGUUUUUUUAUGAAUUAUGUGUUUGUUGUAAAUUUGUAGCAAGUACGUUUUUUAUUUUGGGACUUUUCAAAAGAGUUUCAUACACAUGGCCUUUUCACUGUUUUUUUAUGAUUGUUAUACUAUUAUUAUUUAUUUCAUUGAAUUUUGUCUUAUUUAAUUGAAAUCCAUUGUUAUUCAUCAAUAAAUUAUUAAACCAC